AGACAUGGAAGCGAGGCUGUCGCCGGCUGAUUCUGCACGUGUGGACAUUUUCGUCAUCUUUCCCGAUAUUCCGUGACUGUUUUUACAAGUUUACUAUAAGCAGAAUGUCCUGGCUUUUUGGCGUAAAUAAGGACAACCUCCCCCCUCCAAAUCUACCAAAACAGCUUCCCAUACCUCCUGCUGGCGGCGGCGAGGGGGACGGGAAAGACAAAGAUGAUGCUAAGAGGGAGGGAGGCAAAGGGGGAAAGCCGGUAUGGUCGAGUUUUGACCCUACAGGUCUGGAAAGAGCCGCUAAGGCCGCCAAGGAGCUGGAAAGAUCCCCACAUGCACAAAAAGCACUAGAUCUGGCAAAGUUACAAGAAUCCACUAAACAAUUGGAGAAACAGGAGAAAAUCAAGGAAUAUGAAGCAGGGAUAAAUCAGAUGCAGCUGGACAGAGUCAGGGUUGAGCAAGAGGAGAAACGGAAAACGCUUUCAGCAGAGACACAGCAACAUCAGCAGAGAGCACAGUACGAGGACCAGCUUGCGAGAAAGAGAUACAAUGAUCAGUUGGGUCAACAGAGGCAGAUGCAAGAGGAAAACUUGAGAAAGCAAGAGGAAUCUGUAAAGAGGCAAGAAGCUAUCAGAAGAUCAACGGUUGAGUAUGAAGCAGAGUUGAAACACAAAAAUGACAUGAAGAGACUUGAGGCUGAACUAAGGGGAAAAGCAAAAAUCGAGCGUGAAAACAAGGAUAUCAAUCUUGAGAAGAUCAGAGUUAAGGCAGCAGAACAGAGAGCAACAGUCUUGGAGUCCAUCAAGACUGCAGGGAGCAUCCUCGGUGCUGGAUUUGAUGCUUUUAUUUCUGACUGGGAUAAGAUCUCAGCAACCGCUGCUGGGUUGACAUUGCUUGCUCUAGGAAUCUAUACUGCAAAAUAUGGCACUGGUGUCACAGCAAGAUUUGUAGAAGCAAGACUUGGAAAGCCAUCGCUAGUUCGUGAUACAUCAAGAAUAAACCUUUUCAGUGCCAUAAGGCACCCUAUCAAGACAACAAAAAAGCUUUUUGUCAAUCCAGAGGAUUCACUGAAAGGAAUCAUCCUCAAGCCAAACCUCGAAGAGCAUCUGAGUUCCAUCAGCAUUGCUACAUCCAACACCAAGCGCAACAAGGGCAUGUAUAGAAACCUGCUGUUCUACGGACCCCCCGGGACUGGCAAGACUAUGUUUGCUAAGAGUCUUGCCCGACACUCUGGUAUGGACUAUGCCGUCAUGACAGGUGGUGACGUGGUACCGAUGGGUAAAGAGGGUGUCACUGCAAUGCACAAGGUGUUCGACUGGGCGGAGACGUCAAGGAGAGGUGUGUUGCUGUUUGUUGAUGAAGCUGAUGCCUUCCUGAGAAAAAGAAGUCAGGAAAAGAUCAGUGAGGACCUUCGUAGUACCUUAAAUGCAUUUCUGUAUCGUACUGGCGAGUCUUCGCGCAGGUUUAUGUUGGUGUUGGCUAGUAACCAGCCAGACCAGUUUGACUGGGCCAUCAAUGACAGGAUUGACGAGUUGGUGGAAUUUGGCCUUCCUAAUGUGGACGAGAGAGAGCGACUAGUGCGGCAGUAUUUCGAGGAGUAUUGUCUCAAGCCAGCAACAAGCGGCUCUCGCACAAGCCGGAUGAAGAUUGAUAACUUCGACUUCAACGCAAAGUGCCGUGGGAUAGCUGAGGUGACGGAGGGGUUGUCUGGUCGGGAAAUCGCCAAACUGGCCAUCGCUUGGCAGGCGAGUGCGUACGGCUCCAAAGACGGCGUCCUCACUGAGGCGAUCAUGGAUGAGCGGGUCAACGAGGCCGUGCGUCAGCACAAGCAGAAAGAGGACUGGCGCCUAGCUCCCGCUCCAGGCUACAGCGGUCAUGAGGACACCGUCACGUCACCCAAGAACUAGACCACGUGAUUAAUGUUACUAGUUGAUACCGCUGGUCUACGUUAUAGUAUUGAGCACGCGGACUUCUGCGCUUGGUGACGAUAGCGUGCGAUUCCAAUAAUUUAAAUUUUUAACUGAGGAAAACUGGGUAUGUGAUGGUUACCAAAUACAGGUCUGCGUAAUAACAAAUAUACGGGAUGGCGAAUAUGGAGAUACAAGACAAGUACGCAGGACAAUAAUUAAAGAGGAUUUCAUCUCAAGACACUUUUAUACUUGGCUCUGGGGAUUACGGUAUACGCAGUAUUGACGUCAUUAUCACCAUAAAAGGACUAAACGACUACGCGGUGAUGACGUCAUCAUCACCAUAAAAGGACUAAAACGGCUACGCAGUGAUGACGUCCUUGUCGACACGCACUCUGUGCAGGUUAAAGACAUUAUUGGAAAUGAUGAUCACCAUUAUAUAAAAAGAGCUAAUAAAAAAUGGAAAUAGA